GGGAGCGUGACGAAGGUGGGUAGUCUAAUUUCCAAAAGGGUGUUGUGGAAUCCACAGUUUCAUUAACCGGUUGGUUGGUUGAAAAAACCGACCGUUGAGAUUGACAGCCUAUCUCACCAAACCUCGCAUUAAAUCUACCUCACCACACCUGACCCCCCCACCUACCCCCUACCCACACUCUUCAAGAGAGAGCACUUCUUCUAUUCGAUUCUUGGUUUCGUUUUGAAUCUUGAUUGAUUUGAGCCCUGUCUUUCGAUGGCUAAGGUUUUCACUCUUGCUGAGGUUUCUGAGCACAACAACAGCAAGGAUUGCUGGCUUGUCAUUGGUGGAAAGGUCUACGACGUGACCAAAUUCUUAGAAGAUCAUCCUGGUGGGGACGAAGUUAUAAUAUCUUCGACAGGGAAGGAUGCAACCGAUGAUUUUGAGGAUGUCGGGCACAGCUCCAGUGCCAAGGCAAUGAUGGAUGAGUUCCUCGUUGGUGAGAUUGACGCGUCCACCAUCCCCUCCAAGAAGUCCUACACCCCUCCAAAGCAGCCCCAUUACAACCAGGACAAGACAUCAGAGUUCAUUGUCAAGCUCCUCCAAUUCUUGGUCCCUUUGAUCAUCUUGGGCUUGGCGGUUGGCCUCCGUUUCUACACCAAAUCGGAGGCCUAGGCUUCUUGUUAGAUCGUAGUCUCUAAUAAGUUUCUUGAGGUUAUUCUGUAACCUCUGUGAUCUUGAGAGAGAGAGAGAGAGAAAGGGGUGUUUGAUGUUUGUGGUGAUUGAGGGGAUAUGAUGUUUGUGUUAUGUCAAAGUUGAUUCUUGAAGAAACUCAGUUCUUGUUUUCUUCAA